CUGUCGUAGAAAAAUCGAAAGAUACGAGACGUCGAAAGCAUUCUUCUCCUUCCAUUAUUACUGGAAGCAAGGCUACAAGGGAAAAUUCACGCCGCUUGAACACGUUCGCAACGACCGCGACCGUCCUCCUAAUUUCACGCCGGCAGGACACGUAGCUUUCGAGCAUGUCCCGGUUCAUAUUCGCACCGAGAAUCAUUCUGCUCCGGGUCGAUCGACGACUGCCACAAAACGGAUGCUUCUUGUCGGUAGCUUCGUCUCGACCCUUCAGUUCUGCCAAUUCCCCAUCCUUUGCUUCGACUGAAAGCAAUGUUCUUUCUUCUUCCCCACCGCCGGCGGGUGAACGGCUGCGGGUGGCGGUUGUGGGUGGCGGAUGCGCCGGGCUUUCGACCGCCUUGCACUUGGCACCCCUCGUGGAUGCCGGUCUCGUCGCUUCGCCGAUUGACGUUUACGAUGCGAGUUCCGGGGUACCGGGACGAGAUAUUGGCGUCGGAAUCUGGAGUACGGGUCUGGAUCCCUUUCUUCAUUCGGACCGAGAGUCCCAUCAGAUGGUAUACGAUUGUAUGACGGCGUCCGGAUCCUUCCUCGGGGACGUCGGCUACCGGACUCCAAAUGGAGCGUGGUUGACCAAAAGCCAUUUGCCUGUUACUUUGGAAGAGCGCCGUGCGUCUGGAAUGCCGGCUUUGCUCUUUCUGCGGGAAAGAGAUAUGCUUCACGCUUUGCAAAAGGCGGUGCAUUGGGAGGAGCGCCGCGGUACGAUUCAGAUGCAUCGCGACGGUAACAAAACACGCGUACAGGGUAUCGAGGAAAAUUCCAGUAAACCUUGGAGUGCCCGGUUGAAAUUGGGUACAGGGAACGAUAUGUCGAAUAGAGACUAUCAUCUCAUCGUGGCGGCGGACGGCAUGAACUCUGUUUUGCGGAAAAUGUAUGGAGGCCACGACGAUGACACAAAGAUUCUCAAAACCGGUACCGCCGCCUUGCCUAGCCCCAUUGGAUUGCCGGACUCUCCUAGCCAACAGAGCAAGUCUUCAUGGGACGAAAGCCAACAACAAGAAGCUGUCGGCAUGCAAGAUCGCAAUUACACCGUCUUUCGAGGGAAUGCGAAGCUGUCGACUUCCGACAUGGGCGAAGGGGGCGCGAGCUUCCAAACUUGGGGGACUGGACAGUCUAUGCGUUUUGCAACCGUGCCAAUGUCCUUUAAAGGCCCCAUGAAUACACGGGAGGAACGGCAAGUUUGGUUUAUUACUAUUGAUGACAAAGAUAUUGCGAAUGAAGCCGAUCCGGUCAGACGACGCGAAAUGCUGUUGGACGCCUUUUCCUCUUGGCACGAACCGAUUCGGCAGACAGUGGAAGCAACGCCUCCCGAAGAAAUUCUAAUAGAACGAGCAAUAGCACACCGACACUGCAUGGGGCCGAUCCUCAACAUGAACAAAUUAAUCCAACAGAUUCGUGGAACCCGCCCACCAAGUUCCGGUGAAGGACCCAAUUUAAUUUUUGUUGGCGAUGCGUAUAUGACCAUUGAUCCUAUUUUGGCACAAGGCUUUACCUGUGCCAUGGAAGGCGCCGCAGCGUUGCGGCGGACUGUCCAAGAAAGUUGCAAAUCUUGUGAAUCCGAUCCGUUUCUGGCUUUCGAUCCGUACACGUUACGAUCGGAGUUGAAAUCGCGCCACAACGCUCGCAUUGAUAGGCUCAUAUGCUUGCUGCGCGCAACAGAACUGGUACAAACUCUGGGACAGCCCACUGGUGGUUCCUUGCUGGGUCUGUUUAAUACAAAUCUCUUGCGCCCCAUCACCAAAGUCUUUCCGAACUUUGUCAAGGCACCCAUCUUUGAUGCCGUUUUGAAAUAUUCACUCGGCCUUGGCUUUCGAGGGGAUGCGUUGGAACAAGCCUCGACAUCGGAAGAAGAGAAAGCCUCCUUGACAAGAAAAGCGUCUGAAGCUAUUCGGGUUCGUUAA